AUGACCGAAGAUGAGAUACGGAUGAUAGUUGGUAGGAUAAAAUCCGAGCGUCUCAACCAGACCGAACUGCUCGACAAGAUCGAUACCUUGAAGCUUCGACGCGGCUUCUCCAACCCAAUCACGCUUGCGACAUCGUUCAUCUUCCUGCUUGACAGCAUAACUGUCAUAGCCAUUUCGUUCUUCUUGCCGACGAUCGUUCGUACCAUUUACCCAGCUCGCACCGUCGUCCAACAGCAGCUCUUGACAGUGCCGCCGUACGUUCUGGGUGUGGUCUGCACUAUUCUGAUCACGACCGUAAGCUGGCAAAUGAACUCUCGACAGACGCUCAUUGCAUUCACGGGCCCUUUUGUCAUUGCUGGGUAUGCGAUGUUCCUUGCGACGAUGAACGCAAGUGUUCGAUAUGCGGCUAUCUUCCUUUGCGCAUCAACGUGCUUCUCGUUGGCUGCCAUGACGAACGCACAAGUCAGCGCAAACGUGCUUUCUGACUCUGCACGCAGCAUUGCCAUUGGCACCAACGUCUUCUUUGGAUACGUUGGCGCCCUGAUCGCCAGUUGGACUUAUCUACCUGGCGACUCUCCCCGUUAUGCCAUUGGGAAUGGGAUCAACUUGGGUUGCGCAGUGACAUGGACUGUCGUGGCGAUUUUCACUAAGCUCUGGAUGACCCGCGACAACAGCAAGAGGGACAGGAGGCAGCUAGAAGCUCAUACAGAGCUCGCAUCAUUAUCAGAUGACGAGAUCGCGAACCUUGACUCUGAGUUGCCAGCUGCUCGACUCAGUCUCUACCAACUUGCAGCCCUCGUUCAAGCAGGCAUGGACAACUUCCUCAACACGCAACUGCAUCCUGCAGACACUUGCAACAUCUGCACCGAGCACUUCAGCGCGACCCAUCAGCCUGCGGCGCUGCCUUGCAAGCACAUCUUCGGUCAUGAGUGCAUCAAGAAGUGGCUGAAGGAGGGUAGGGGAAACUCAAAUGCUUGUCCAACUUGCCGUUACGUCGUGGUCCCCAAACCAAACCCACGCGCAACCUUCGAUGUUGCCUCAAUCUGGAAAGCAAUAUGCGACCAGCCGCCCGAACGCCUCCAUGCUUUCAUGAUGAAGAUAUGGUCUGGCCUGGAGAUACUUUGGCAGCGAGAGCCCACCGGUGCCUUCACAGUAACCUCCAUUCUCGACCAAGCCAUCAUCCCGGCCCUGAUUAACACUGCGCAUCGCACUAACGCGCCCGAUGAUCGGCGGCCAGACUCUCUUUUGGAUUGCUACAAUCUCGUGGCCGCAUCUUGGGACUCCCUGGGCCGCCCCAACAUAGCGACUGGUCUCGCGAUCCCGCUGGUUCGGCUUGCACGUUUGAUGGCCAGCGCAGGUGCUGUGCUACCAAAAUGGAUGACCACGAACCCACGCGCAAACAGGCUAGUCUGGCGCGCAAAUGCCUGUCUACCCAUCAGCGAAGUAGACAUAUCGUGGCGCUACAUCAUCGAAGCCUCUCAACAGAUCGAGUCGCCUUACUUCCCCUUGCUGCACCUCUAUACCGUGUUCAUAAGCCAGAGCAUCGCCCACUUUCCUGCACCGAGUCCAUAUCCCACCAAGCGUCAUGAGAUCAUGAACCUUGUGGUUGAGCGUUGUUGUACAAAGAUUGGUGGAGGAGGGGCGGCUUGGAAGGGCAAGCCGGGCGACGAGCUCAAGGAGGUUUUGGUGGGGGUAUACGACGAGUUACGAAGGCAUCAGCUGGAAAAGAACCGGAUGAGUCUGCGAGGUCACGACGGAGAGGAUGCGCUGGUCAGGGGCAUAUGGGCUCUCGCUGGCUGGGGCGGUGGAAGAGGUAACGCGCGCUGA